AUGAAUCUCAGAAGUAGUAUCUUGGCGACCUGCUUGGGGCUAGCAGCUCUGACAUCGGGCCAGAGUGUCCAUGAGGGAUCUAGUUCUCACCACCUCCUUCACGCGCGUGCUCAAUGUCGGACCAUUGAGGUUCAGCAGUACAAUGGCUGUCCGGAACUAGCCAAACGAUGCGGUAUCUCAGGAUCAAAGCUGUCCGAGUACAACCCCGACAAAGACUUCUGCAGCACACUCAGGGCCCAGCAAGUUAUCUGUUGUUCCUCAGGGGAUUUGCCGGAUCUAAAACCGAAGCCUGGGGAUGACGGCAGUUGUUACUCUUAUACCACCAAGAAGAAUGAUAAUUGUGCAGCGAUUGCUGCAAAGAACCAACUCACCCAGAAAGAUAUUGAAGGGUUCAACAAGAAAACCUGGGGCUGGUCAGGAUGUGACCCUCUUAAAGACAAGCAGCGAAUCUGUCUUAGCAAGGGCGAACCUCCUAUGCCAGCAACUCUGGAUAACGCGAUCUGUGGACCACAAGUCAAUGGGACAAAAAAGCCAACGAACGGCACGGACAUUGCCGAUCUCAAUCCUUGCCCAUUGAACGUAUGCUGCAACAUCUGGGGCCAGUGCGGUAUUACCAAAGAUUUCUGUGUUAAAGAUCUCGCGAGCACAGGAGCGCCAGGUACAAGCAAAAAGCAGAAUGGCUGUAUCUCUAGCUGUGGGCUAGACAUUGUGAACAACGAUGAGCCGCCGGCAAGUUGGUCUCACGUCGCUUACUACGAGGCAUUCAACAAAGACCGCCCUUGCCUCCACAUGGACGUGACUGAUAUUGACACCAACAAGUUCACUCAUAUCCAUUUUGCUUUUGCCAAUAUAACGGAUGAAUUCCAGGUGGAUAUCAGUGACAGCAAAGAGCAGUUUGCGAAGCUCAAAGGCAUGUCUGGUAUCAACCGAAUUGUGUCCUUUGGUGGUUGGGCCUUUUCCACCGAUAGUCCGACAUAUACGAUCUUUCGUGAUGGAGUCACAGAUGAGCAGCGAGAAAAGUUCGCUAAUGCGGUAGUCGCUUUCGUGAAGGAGAACAAUCUUGAUGGUGUUGACUUUGACUGGGAAUACCCCGCUGCUCCCGAUAUCCCCGGGGUUCCUCCCGGAGAGAAAAAGGAUGGUGAACGGUAUCUGGAGUUCCUGAAGACGGUCAAAUCACGUCUGCCAGAUCAAACCGUGUCAAUUGCGGCGCCCGCAUCAUACUGGUAUCUUCGUGGAUUCCCAAUCAAGGAAAUCAGCGAGGUCGUGGACUAUAUCAUUUACAUGACCUAUGAUCUCCACGGUCAGUGGGAUUACGGCAAAGAAUGGACAACUCCCGGUUGUACGGAAGGAAACUGUCUUCGGUCCCACGUGAAUCUCACCGAGACCACUGAGUCCCUCAGUAUGAUCACCAAAGCCGGAGUAUCUUCCAAGAAGAUCUUUGCCGGCAUCACUAGCUAUGGCCGCAGUUUCCACAUGUCUCAGCCUGGAUGUACUGGGCCAGACUGUCAUUACACAGGAUCUGGGGAAAUAUCAGAUGCAGCCAAAGGCGAAUGCACAGACACUGGGGGAUAUAUCGCUGCUGCUGAGAUCCGGGAUAUCAUUCGUCAGGGGCAGCUGAGCAAGCGUAGUGUCGACACAUGGCAUGAUGGCGCCUCGAACUCAGAUAUUGUCGUCUAUGAUGAUGUUGAAUGGAUUGCUUGGCUUGCAGACAAGACAAAAGCUUCAAGAAUUGAAUAUUACAAGGGGCUCAACCUGGGAGGUGUUUCUGACUGGGCAGUCGACCUGGAUGGUGGUGGUGGUCUGGUUCAAUACAAGUCUCCAGAUGAAGCCACUGUGAUUCCAUUCCCGGCCACGACACCAGCUUCGACGGCAACAUUCACGGUUGGAGGACCUGUUGUUUCUCAAAUUCAAAGUCUUGCAAACAAUGGUAAUCAGAACAAGCCGAAGGGCCCGGGUGCGGAGGAGUGCGAGACUUGUGACUUGGCUCGCUUGAUCACCUCGACCUGCUGUGGCGUUCACGGUGGUGUCAAAAAUCCCCUCGAGAUAUCCCCCAACACUCCCCUUCCUCGUGGUCUGAUUCUCCCAGCCGGCCUCCGCGUGAACCAACAGGUGGUUGAUGCCUCCCGUGCCACCUGGGGCGCUGGCACCACGCUUCCAUGGGAGAUUGUAAUUCCCAGGGGAUACAACUUCUCAUUCCCAUUCGAUAUUCCUGCGGGUUUGACGUUGAGUGACACGUCGUCUGGUGUCUAUGCAGAUGAUGAUGAUCAUCGUACAAGUGGUGUGCUGUACAUUGAUGAUGACUUCUGGGACGGCCCCCUCACCGUCUCCUGUUCUUAUCCUUGUACUCUGAUGUUUCCUCCUGUCACCACUACAACCACUUGGACUCCUUCUACCUUCGUGACAACAUCGGGCUCCGAGUCUGCCACCAUUACUCCCCCAGUCCAGACGACUGAAAAGAUCCGCAUUUACAAACAUACAGUGACUAGUGAGAAGGGCUCUGAGCCCACCAAAGUCAUCGGGCCCGUUCCUGCACCAGACCCUCUAUGUGUCAAAAUCACAGUUCCUGUACUAGGAACCAUUCGCUUUGGCCUCUGUCCACCUCAAAUCAAGCCUUACCCCCCUAAAGUUCCAGAGGUGACCGUGGAGCCUGUGCCACCAGGCGGAAAGCCAGGGCCAAUUAACCCUGAAAACAAACCCUCGGAAGAUCAAAAAGACGCAAGUACUACCACAGAAGAGGAUGAGGAGGACGAAGACCGCGACGAAGAAGAUGGAGCCACCUGCGUUCUGCUUCCACCGACAGACGCUGGUGAUAUUCAAGACAACGGCUCCGAUGCGAUCAACGACGAGCCGGACAUUCCGGCUUACUCGGACACGGGUGAUGGGGAGGACAGUCGCCCCACAAAUGCAGGCACUGGUUCCCCGACUACAGGAACCGUCAGCUAUACCUUCACUGACCACCCUAUCGUGCCAACUCUUACCGAAACGGUGGUGAUCACUGUGCCAGCGCCUCAGCCCACCCCUCCUGUAGAUCAGCCAGAUCCGGACCCGGCGCCACCCAAGCCCAAUCCAGACACAGAAGAUAAAACCUGUUACGGCUACCCAAACAGACAGGUGUUUGGUGAUACCGUUCAGAGUGCCCUUGAUGGAUUCUGCGAGUGGGCCGAUGGUAAAAGAAUUGCCAAUAAUGAAUAUCUCCAAGUCAAAGCACCUGGUGAUUGGCUUUCUAAUGUCAUUGUUGGCGUCGCCGGUAAGAAUAAUUGCGAGUUCAAGAUCGAGGAAGAUGACUGCAAGCGAAUUCUCAACAAGGUCGUGGGCUGUAAGGCGUAUAGUGCGGCGUUGCUUCGCAUUGGUGGCGAAGUUGAGAGCAACUGUGCGGUGUGGACUUUAGAUCCCAUCGAGAAUCUGAUGGGUAACUGCAUCGACAUACCGAUUUUGAAAGAAUGGUGCGAGUUGACGCAGCUUUUCGCUGGAGGUUGA